CGCGCGGGAUGACGCCGCCGUCGCGAUACGUGGUGACGUCGCGAGGAACAACCGUCUCCGUGACGUCACGGCGACGCCAAGCACAGUGGAUGUACAGUGCGGCGGUUGCUAGCAACUUGCAGGCACACGAGCCGUGGAGCGCGUGAAAGUUGCGCGUGAAAGUUUUGUGUUCGUGUUUAAAAGUUUCCAACAAAAGGAAGGAAUCGGAGUGCAGCCGCACCGCUGCAGGCCAGAGCGUCCAACCGCGUGGUUUGUGACGUCCUGCCUAUCUCCGGGAGGCGGCGCACAGAGUCACCAUGGCCGGGCGGGAGGCUGAACGCCAAGCGCGCGAGCUGGUCCGGGCCGUCACGGAACUUGUGCCCGGCACCGCCAACUUCUCCCUGGCCACAAGCUUUGUGGCUUCCACCUUUAGGUUUCACCGAUAUCUGGACGUGGACCGACACAAGGUGAUCCGUGCAAUAGACGGGAUUCACGAGAAGCUCCUGGUGCAUUCGGACGGGCCGAAGGCAGGCAGCUGGCGGAGCCUCACCCACGGCUUCCUGAACUCACCACUCCUCCUCACCACCGAGCACAAUACGGAGGCCCACUACGCCGUGCUCUUCCUGCUGCUUGCCUUGUCGGCCUCUCCGUCGAACACCGAGUACACGGAGCGCCCCGUCGCCCAGCCGCCAGCGGCGGAGGAGGCGUUUGACUGGGCGGGCUACCUGCGGGAAGACGUCUUCGCGGGACCCUACCCGGACACGCCCGAGUGGUCGGAGGAGGACGAGAAUGAGGAGGAAGAUGAGGAAAAGAGAGGAUUCCGUCGUGUGGACUCGGGGAUUCAGGCUGACCGGAGUCCCGUGCUGCACCCCUGUCCUCCCAAGAGCACGGACGUCUCAAAGCCAGCAGAGAAAGAGAGCUGUGACUAUCGCUGGCUCCGUGAGCACCUCGUGCGUCAAUACUGGGCUGUCCCGUCUCCCCACUGCCCGUGUAGCGCUCACCUCCACUCCAACUUGGCUAAGGCCUGGGAAGGGUUCCUCUGUGAGACGGACGCCCUGUCCGUGCCCCGGGCAGGUGCUGUGCUCACUGAGGCACAGCUGGUGAGGGAGACCCUGUGGCUACUGAUGGGCACCACGAACCUCUUUGCGUUUGAGGUGCAUCACGGGAAGGUGACGGUUCGCGAAGGCAUCGGCGUCACGCACCUUACUCCGGCGAGUCUGCGAGCGCUGCUGGGCGACGUGUGCGCGUUCGGCGAGGUGGCUCUUCGGCUCCAGGCCUUCGUCGAAGAGACGACGCGGCCGGGCGGCGACGAGGCGCCGCCGUGCCGCACGCUGCAGGCGUUCGCCUUCUCCCUGGCCGAGUACCUCGGAGCCUUCCGUCGAGAGCUCGCCGACGUGGAGCGGCGCGCCACGCGGCAGGAGGGCCCGGCGCUCACGCUGUCCUCGCUGCUCGAGGGGCUGCGCUCGCGACGCUCCGGGCUACUGCAGCUGAGACGCGCGCUGGACGAGGGCAUCGCGUCGCACGGGGGCUCGAGCGGGGGGUCGAGCGGGGGGUCGAGCGGGGGGUCGAGCGGGGGGUCGAGCGGGGGGUCGUCCGCUGCCGCCGUCCUCCGGCCCGCGCCCCCCGCUCACGUGCGCGCGGCCCGGCUCAUCAACGCGCUGCACCGUGCAGCAGUGGAGCAUCACAACACAGGACACGCCACGCACACGGCCCAGCUGCUGCUCACUUUGUUUGUGAGCUCCCUCCGCCCGUCCCUGGAGAUGGCCGGGGAGUGCGUGACCCUCGGCCACCUCCACGACCCCGCGGGGGAAUUCAUCCUGGAGAGAAACCGCGAGGUGUGUGAGGAGCACGAGGACUUCUGGCAGAAGGCGUUCACGCUGCGUGACUUCCCGCGGGACGGAGGCCGCCGGUCGGCAGACGGGGCGGUCGGAGCAGGAGACGGAGUUCCCUUCCUCACCCCCAUCCUGGACAAGCUGCUGCUCGUGGGGAAGUCCUGCGCCCUGCUGCUGAGCCUGCAGGGAGAGCAAACCGCCAACGUCCCCGCUGCACCGGACCGCGGUGGUACGGCCUUCACGCAGCAGCUCGGCGGGGCCUUGGCUGAGCUGGGCAGCCGGAGUCUCUACGACCUCUUCGUGCGUUCUCUCCUCGCGCACCUCGGGGACGGCCACCGCCUCCCCGUGCCGCCGCCGGCGACGACGACGACGACGACGCCGCCGGCGGCCGCCGUCGCCCUCCCCGUGAACGACGCCGGCACAGGGCGCGGCUCAGCGAGCCGCGGGGAGACCGCGGCCGCGCUGGUGGUGGAUAGAGGGGACGGCAGGGGCGGUGGCGGGGUGGGGCACGUUCUGCACGAGGUGCAGGAGGCCGUCGGGAGGCAUCUGCUGGAGCCCGCUACCCACGAUCCUCUGCUGGCGUACAACUUCUCAAGGUGCGUCGGGCGCGCAACUCUUCACCACCGGCAUUGCCGCCCGUCCUGA